GAACCUAUGUCGAAAUUUACAGUGCAAAGAAGUUCACCUUUGCAUUAUCUAACCUACCUGACCCUUGACGCAUGAUUCUCUGGAGAUAGAGAAACCUUGGUCAGAAUAUCUCGGGAACUCUGUGAACAAAGAAGCCGGUGCCAUGAUUCGCGUUUUCGGUCAACUUUUGCUGUAUAUUUCAUACUGUUUUUGCCAAUCAACGUAUGCACCAGAUCCUUACGGAUACAGAAUCCAUCAAUUUGACGGCCACUGUAAUCCCGAUGGUACUUGUACCUAUACGCUGCAAAUACCGGUCACAGAUGCUCUUGUUAACCCCCACGUAAUGGACAACAGCACUGCGGCUUCUAUGAUUGCACAUCUUGCCAAUCAUGACCAACAAAUUGAUCAGAUUCUCGGCUUAUUUGGCCACAAUACAUCCAGUAAUGUCAACCUCAUAGAGGAGGUGACCAAACUGAAGAAUCAGGAGGAGAAUCUGAAUAACUUGGUUAAAAUAUUAACAGAUGAAGUUCACAAUCUGUUGUCCGAGAACGGAGUUUUGAAAACCCAGCUGAGUUAUGUUAACCAAACAAUCCUCGGCAGACUUUCAGAUCCUUGUUUGGUACGUCCAUGUGCACAUAGUGCCAAAUGCACAGCCUUGCCAAACGGAAAUUAUACCUGCGACUGCCCAGUCGGAUAUACUGGCCAUGACUGUGAAGACGACAUCAACGAAUGCCACACAACAAAUAUCUGUAACAAUGGAAGCUGUACAAAUACCUACGGAGACUACAUAUGUAACUGCCUACCAGGAUACACCGGUCCCAGCUGCACAAUCAACAUUGACGAAUGCGCAUCUAACCCGUGUACAAAUGGUGGUAGCUGUGAAGACUUGAUCAACAUGUACCUCUGCCACUGUCCCCAGGGAUUGUCAGGAAGCGAGUGUCAGAUAAACAAUGAUGAAUGUGAGAGCGACCCUUGCUUAAAUGGCGGAUUUUGUUUGGAUGACAUCAACGACUAUUAUUGUGUGUGCGCUCCUGGAUGGAAUGGAAAAGAUUGUGAAAAUGACUUCGACGAAUGCCAGAACAAUCCAUGUGUGCACGGUAAAUGUGUGAAUGAGAAUGGUACCUUCCACUGUGAGUGCAACUCUCCUCUCAUCACGGGAAAAAUGUGCGAAAAUGCCCCCAACAGAGACUGUGCCGACUUGAAAGCCUUCUGGAACAUGAACAGAGACGCUGUGUAUACCGUGAGAGAGCCCAACCGCAUGCUGACUCUGGCUGUGUGCGACAUGAAGACUGAUGGCGGCGGAUGGACUGUAUUCCAGAGACGUGUCGGAAGUGUUGUAAAUUUCAACCGAAAUUGGAAUGACUACAAGGAAGGGUUUGGAAACCUUGCAGCCAGCUACUGGUGGGGAACAGAGAGGCUGUACAAUGUGACACAGAACAGAACCAACUUGGUGCUGAGAAUCGACAUGAUGGAUUGGGACAACAAUACCGCUUAUGCAGAAUACGAAAAUUUCAAUAUUGACUCUGAGGACGAUGGGUUUAAGUUGCAUGUUGGUGGGUAUAGGGGAAACGCUGGAGACGCCCUCAACUUUUACUGGAAUGUAUUCUCCCACAAUGGAAUGAAGUUUUCCACCAAGGACCGUGAUAAUGACAAUUUCCGGACAAACUGCGCUCAGGUCUAUCACGGAGGUUUCUGGUACAAUGGCUGCUGGGCGGCAAAUUUGAAUGGAGUGUAUUACCACACACCGGAUUACAAUAGCACUAUUCACGAUGGAUUAGAAUAUUUCACGUGGAAAAGAACUAAAUACUCUCUUAAGAUGGUUGAGAUGAAGUACCGAGCUGUUGAUGUAGUCCCAUCUAACAACACAGCUGCAUUCACAUAAAACAUAUCAAUGUGUUGUACACGAUGCUUGAUAUUAAAUUGUUUCCACCCAUA